AUGAAGUUCGGCAAGACAUUUCCCAACCAUCAGGUGCCGGAAUGGGCACACAAGUACGUGAAUUACAAGGGUCUGAAGAAGCAGAUCAAGGAAAUCACGUUGGUGCAGGAUGCGCUGUUCCGCCAGGAGCAAGGCGCAGCUUCGCAGGACGGACCCGCUCGGCGGCGGGGAAGAGAGAGCAAGGAGCAGUAUCUUGGCCAUCCAGAGGUGAAGAAGCUGCUUGCAGCAUUUUUCUUUGCCCUGGACCGGGAUAUCGAGAAGGUGGACGGUUUCUACAACAUGCAGUUUAUGGAGUAUGACCGGCGGCUGAGGAAGCUUCUAUCAAGCGCGCAGCUGGCAGACAUCACGUCGGUACAGCGCGGCGCUACCGGCUACCUGCACGCGCCACUUCCGCAGUACAUAGCAUACGGGGAGCGCGAACGGGAUGGAUUGCCAGAGCGCUAUGUACCGCCGCACGCCACUGACAUGUCGGAGGACCUAGCGGAGGUGCUGACGAUUCUGCUGGAGCUGCGGUCGCACUUCCGCAACCUGAAGUGGUACGGUGAGCUCAACAAGCGGGCAUUCACGAAAAUCAUGAAGAAACUGGAUAAGAAGGUUGGCACAAACCAGCAGCACUCCUACUUCCAGGCCCGCAUUAAGCCCUUAGAAUUUGCUGACGAUACACCGAUCGUCAAGGCGCUAGCUACCAUUAAUGAGAUCCUAGAUCGCAUCUCGCCCUGCGUGAAGGAUCUACAGGAUAAACUACGCGGCGAAGACCGUCGUCUGCUCCAAGGCUCGUCGUCGCCAAUUGAUGUGGCGUCCCAGCUAGUUACCAAGGAUGACGGGGCGGGCUUGAUAAACGAGCUCAUUUCUAUGUACCGUUCUGUUGUCCUGAUACCGACGCGGACGCUGGUGACGCUAUUGAAUAAGUCCGCUUUAUCGCGGUCCUUCAGCUGUGUGGAUGAAAUCCUUGGUAUUAUACCUACGCUCGGAGAUCCAUCCGAUAUAAAUGGCAGAAACUUCUUCCAUCAUCAUGUAAUUGCACUGGGCAAAAAGCGGACCAAGAGUCUCGAAGAGCGUGAUAACAUAAACUCGCUACUGAGCGACUCUCUCGAUCUAGAGGCAGCGAUACCCCCGGAACCCAAUACUAGACUUGUUGGUGCUUUUGGUCCGGAUGGCGUUAACUCUGACGACUCUCCAGCUCCCCUGUCACACAUAUUACAACAGUUGCCAGCCCAUUUAAGACCGUCGCUGUUACAAAGAGAUAACUACAAGCGAACGCCGCUACAUUACUCUGCCCAAUAUGGUCUAUGUGAGGUUACCAGGAUAAUUCUGCAGGCUCUGAGUGAGUGGGAUGCUUGGAAUGCAGACGUUGCAAUCGAUGAUAUUGACGUGUGGGGAGAUUCGGAGAACCUCACACCAUUGCAUUUGGCUGUUAUCGGGACACACCCUCUUACUGUCAGCACGCUAUUGUCGUUUAUGAACCCAGAGAAAUCUCUUAACAGCCCUCGUUUGCUACACCUCGCGACAAGACUAAACUCGCCGUCUUUGUUAAAUUCUUUAUUGUCUGCUAAGGGCUUUGAUAUUGACUAUCAGGAGCCGGAAAAUCUCGAGACUGCUCUUUAUGUUGCUUGCAAGUUAGACAUCUAUGAGGCGGCCGAAUAUCUAGUUAAACAGGGUGCAAAUAUGGAACUUGGUGAGAAGCUUUUUGGCUGGACCCCAAUCUUUGCGGCAGCGACUGAAGGGUACGCGCGUAUCGUCCAAUUAUUAGUGGAUCAUGGGGCCAAAUAUGAUCUUUUUGAUGAGAGCGGUUGGACACCAAUGGAGCACGCGGCUCUGCGGGGACAUUUGGAUAUCUCUCAACUCAUUCGCAUAACAGAUAAUAAAGCGAUCACUCGGCCGAAGUUCGCCACCGACUGGAACAAGUCUACCAGACCAACAGAAACCACGAAUGGUUUGUUAUCCGCAUUAACACCAUCAGAAUCUGGGUCUACAACCACGGGCUCCGAAAACAAGAGCUCUUCUUUGACACCUAGCACCAGCAAUGAAAUGUAUGCUCUGCCAGCACGCUCUUCAACGUCAAUAGACAAGAUAUCUGAACCAAACAAAGGAAACCACAGGAAGGUUUUGAAGUCCCAGCUAAGCCACGGUAAGGUACAAACUAUUAAGGACACACAAUUGCCGCAGCAGCCGAUUAAGUCUUUCGGUCAUAGCUUCCUGCAGAAAGACGAGUCUGUUAUCCUUUUGACUUUGGGCACUAAUGAUAAUCGCAGUACCAUACCUGCUGUUUCUCUGAAUAAGGUUCCUGUUGCUAAGGCUUCCUCAACGGAGCUAGAUACAGCGUUAUCUUUGUUGGUUACAUGCAUGGAUAAUUUGGAUGCAGAACCUGUUAUGCUGGACCUUCCAUUGCAUGAGAACUUGGAUUCGGUCACUUUUAAAGUCCCAUACAAGAAAGAUUCCUCUUAUACUAUAUUUUUUGAUAUCGUUCCCACCUAUGGCUAUUCAAUGGCAAACAUGAACCGCGAAAAUUCCUCUGGUAUGCAUUCGAAUGUUGGUAAUAGUACUGGCCCCGCGUACCUAGACGCACAAGUGGGCCAGUGCGGCUCUCGUUUACACUAUGACCAGCUUGGGAGAGAUACACCAAACACUUACGAUCAGCGUUCGCGGCACCAAGCAUCCCAACAAAAGGAACAAAUUGCCACGAAGAAGCAAAGUAAGAUAUUAGGGAGGGCAGUUGCUUUAUUGGACUCCGCGCCAACUUCGGUGGGCCCCAACAGGCGCUCUAUUGCGGAGGCUAUCACUAUACCUAUCAUUGGGAGCGACACACUUGAAGUCCUCGGGAUUAUUCGAUUUGACUUCCUCGUAGUUACUCCGUUUGUCCACAAGAAUUUAUCAGUUGGACCUGCUGAAACGUAUUGGAAAUCGCUGGUUUCGACCCGGGUGAUCGGACACAGAGGCUUGGGCAAAAACAUGAACACGAACAAGUCGUUGCAGCUUGGCGAGAAUACGGUGGAGUCCUUUAUCGCAGCUGCCUCAUUGGGUGCCUCGUAUGUCGAAUUCGAUGUCCAGUUGACAAAGGAUAACAUUCCCGUUGUGUACCACGAUUUUCUUGUUGCAGAAUCGGGUGUCGAUAUUCCCAUGCAUGAGCUCACUUUGGAACAGUUUCUCGAUCUGAACGGGGAGCGUCAAAGGCAUCAGGACGCGAGAGAGGCCCACAGAAACCACAGGAGCCCGAACGGCAGACGCUUGUCCAUGGAUGACAGCUCUGCUGAGCUAAUUAAGCGGUCCCUGAUGAUGCGGGGCGAUGAAGACCGCACAGCUAGAGACCUUAACACAAUAUACGGCGACCGUAUGCGGCUGACCAGAACGUUCAAGAAGAAUGCCUUCAAAGCCAACUCCAGGGGUCAUGCCAUUGCAUCUAGUUUUGUUACGCUAAAAGAGCUGUUCAAGAAGAUCCCCCAGAAUGUUGGCUUCAACAUCGAGUGCAAGUAUCCAAUGGUAGACGAGGCCGAGGAGGAAGACAUCGGCCCGAUCGCCGUGGAAAUGAACCAUUGGAUCGAUACCGUGCUGGAGGUUGUCUACGACAACGUCGAGGGCCGUGACGUCAUCUUUUCGUCGUUUCAGCCAGACGUGUGCCUCAUGCUCUCCCUAAAGCAGCCCUCCUUCCCGAUCCUGUUCCUAACGGAAGGUGGGACCGCGAAGCGCUGCGACAUCCGCGCGGCGUCGCUGCAGAAUGCCAUCCGCUUCGCGCACCGCUGGAACCUGCUGGGCAUCGUCUCGGCCGCGGCGCCAAUCGUCAUCGCGCCCCGCCUGGCCCAGAUCGUCAAGUCCAGUGGCCUUGUGUGCGUGACGUACGGCGUCGAGAACAACGACCCCGAGAUCGCCCGCGUCGAGAUGGACGCCGGCGUCGACGCGGUCAUCGUCGACAGCGUGCUCGCGGUCCGCAAGGGCCUCACCCGCGAGGCACAGGACGCCGACACGCUCUAA